GCUACGAGCCAGCUAGACAGAUGUAAGCUAGCACAGAUAAAAAUUGGACAAAGAAGCUUUGUGAAGAGACUGAGUGAAAAAUAGUUUAAAGUAACCGAGUGUGAAAGGAGCGGGUGUAACAUAAAGCUAUAUGCGUUAUCCGAUAUAUAUGGAAGUAUGAAAUUGAAAGAGUGGAACAUGGAGAUGGGGCCAUGAAGGAUCCUGUGAUAACUUAGAAAAACUCCAUCAUUGUACAUUUCAACCAGUCAAGAGUGCUUUAAGGACGUGAGUGAGUGGUACCCCUAAGCCGGCGAUGUCACGGGUUCCCACCCCUCCUCCUCCUGGGGAGAUGUCAAGUGGACCUGUGGCAGAGAGCUGGUGUUACACACAGGUCAAAGUUGUGAAGUUUUCCUACAUGUGGACCAUAAACAACUUUAGUUUUUGUAGAGAAGAGAUGGGCGAGGUGUUGAAGAGCUCGACCUUCUCCUCUGGUCCUAAUGACAAAAUGAAAUGGUGUCUGCGAGUCAAUCCAAAGGGACUUGAUGAUGAAAGCAAAGACUAUCUGUCAUUGUAUUUACUUCUUGUUAGUUGUCCAAAAAGUGAAGUCAGAGCAAAGUUCAAGUUUUCUUUGUUGAACGCUAAAAGAGAGGAGACAAAAGCGAUGGAAAGCCAAAGAGCAUAUAGAUUUGUCCAAGGUAAAGACUGGGGCUUCAAAAAAUUUAUAAGGAGAGAUUUCCUCCUCGAUGAAGCCAAUGGACUUUUACCAGAUGACAAGCUCACCCUGUUCUGUGAGGUAAGCGUUGUGCAAGACUCUGUUAACAUUUCGGGCCAGUCCAACAUGAACAUGCUGAAGGUACCCGAGUGCCAGCUGUCUGAUGACCUGGGGAACCUAUGGGAGUGUUCACGCUUCACAGACUGCAGCCUCUAUGUGGGAGGGCAGGAGUUUAAAGCCCACAAAUCCAUCCUUGCAGCGAGGUCACCAGUCUUUAAUGCUAUGUUUGAACAUGAAAUGGAAGAAAGUAAAAAGAACCGUGUUGACAUCAGUGAUGUGGACCCAGAUGUCUUCAAGGAAAUGAUGGGCUUCAUCUAUACGGGAAAGGCCCCAAACCUGGAGAAGAUGGCAGACAACUUGCUGGCAGCUGCAGAUAAAUAUGCUUUGGAGCGUUUAAAGGUCAUGUGUGAAGAGGCCUUGUGCAACAGCCUUUCAGUGGAGAAUGUGGCCGACACCCUCAUCUUAGCAGACUUGCACAGUGCCGAGCAGCUCAAAGCACAAGCCAUAGAUUUUAUCAACAGGUGCAGUGUCCUGAGACAGCUGGGCUGUAAAGAUGGAAAGAACUGGAAUAGCAAUCAUGCUACAGAUAUAAUGGAGACUGCAGGCUGGAAAUCAAUGAUCCAGUCCCAUCCUCACUUGGUAGCCGAGGCCUUUCGUGCCCUGGCUUCAGCACAGUGCCCACCCUUUGGUCUUCCAAGGAAGCGUCUAAAACAGUCCUGACUGCCUGACUGUGCCCCAGGACUUUACUGGAGGUGUGAAGCAUGGGUUUACAAAGGAAGGACAAGCGAGGGUACCACUCUUAUUUCCACCAAAACUGAACACACUUGAAUAAAGAAGAGUGGAGCUUUCUGGCCAGGAAUGUGGGGAGGCUGGCACGUGGACGACUGACAUCAAUGGAUUGGGAAAAAAUUGGUUCAAUCGGUGUUGCUUGCUUGCUUUGCUUCCCCAACUGAAUUCUGUUCAGCAUGGGGAGCAGGGCAAGCUGUC